AUGACUACCAGUAUUCCUGCAUCAGCGUCGCCAACGGUCAUCCGCAGCCAUUCCACAUCGUCUCGGCCUCACGCCCAUCGCCCUCCUGCUUCUGAUUUACCACAUCGAACUCGAAGUGUCGCAGUCAGGCCGUCCACUUCUUCACACUCCUACCAAUCCAAUCACAGUAAUCACAGUUACUCCAAAUCCCAGUCCCAUGACCGGCGUCCUCCGUCGAACCAGGCUGCUUUUGAUAACAUAGCCCGUCGGGAUUUCGAGGGUUCGCGAGGCACCCAUUCCAGCUCCUCCCGCCGAGACCAGUCCAAAGAGCGCUCUAGGGAGCGUCCGUCUUCCGCUCACCGUACCGAUUCAUCGCCCAGCAAACACCGGAGAAAUUUAUCGGUGCAAAGCCAUCAGCGGGACAGUAUAGAUAUGGCUUCAGCAGGUCCCGUCGCGGCGGAGCCGGUGCCCGCUCCCGCGCAGGCGGCUUCUGGUUCUCAUUUACAUCCUAGUGCAUCUGUGCAGCCCAAGCGUCGCACAGCAAUCACCACGCCGUCCGGCCAGUGGGCCCUUGGAAAGACCAUCGGCGCGGGAAGUAUGGGCAAAGUGAAGCUCGCGAAGCACAUGGAAACAGGCGAACAGGUCGCUGUCAAAAUAGUACCAAGACAAUCGGCCGAUGAGCACCGCAGCUCGCGCGACACCGAGAGAGCAGACCGCUCGAAGGAGAUCCGAACCGCCCGUGAGGCUGCGAUCGUGAGUCUUGUGAAUCACCCAUACAUCUGCGGCAUGCGCGAUGUGGUGCGAACCACAUAUCAUUGGUAUAUGCUCUUUGAAUACGUCAACGGUGGCCAGAUGCUCGACUACAUCAUCUCGCACGGUAAAUUAAAAGAGAAGCAAGCGCGGAAAUUUGCGCGACAGAUUGCGAGUGCGUUGGAUUACUGUCAUCGCAACAGUAUCGUGCAUCGAGACCUCAAGAUUGAAAAUAUUCUGAUCAGCAAAACCGGCGAUAUCAAGAUCAUCGACUUCGGUUUGAGCAACCUUUUCUCUCCUAGAAGUCUUCUCAAAACAUUCUGUGGAAGCCUUUAUUUUGCCGCACCGGAAUUGCUGCAGGCGAGACAAUAUACGGGACCAGAGGUGGAUGUGUGGAGUUUCGGAAUCGUCCUUUACGUCCUGGUCUGCGGGAAAGUACCAUUUGACGACCAAAGCAUGCCGCAACUUCAUGCAAAGAUCAAGAAGGGUCACGUAGAAUAUCCACAAGGACUCACUGCAGAAUGCCGCCAUAUCAUCUCGCGUAUGCUGGUGACGGACCCCAAGCAGCGUGCAAGCCUUGCGGAGAUCAUGAACCAUCCGUGGAUGAACAAGGGGUUCAGUGGGCCACCCGAGAACUAUCUCCCAGCUCGUGAACCUCUGCAACUUCCUUUAGAUCCCGAAGUUGUUGAGAAGAUGACGGGCUUCGAUUUCGGGCCCCCAGAAUAUAUCACAGCGCAACUCACCAAGAUCAUCGAGUCGGAAGAUUACCAACAUGCCGUGAGAACGAGCAUCCGCGAGCAACCUCUUCCAGUUCAUAGCGAGAAGAAGCGUGGCAUGUUCGACUUCUACAAACGGCGGAAUUCGGCCAGCAGAGACACACUCUCGGCUCCGUCGGUCGAGGCUGUCCAGCUCGGAAAUGACCCUCUGAAUGCAUACAGUCCCCUCCUCUCGGUGUAUUACCUAGUUAAGGAGAAGCUCGAUCGAGAGAGGGCCGAAAGCAACCCCGGCGCUCUCGGCAUCCCGCAUUCUGCUGGUGACAGCCUGCUCAGGAUGCCAGACUUACCAGCUCCCGAGGCGGCGCACACCAAUCAGUAUCAACUACCUGGUGAAAAAGAUACGGGGAGGAGAUCUCGUCCUCGCGCGAGAACUCACGGCGAUGAUGAACUUAAUGAUGGCAUCAAGAACCUUCACCUUGCAUCACAAGCAGGGCAGGCAACACAUAUUCCUGCUAUUCCGCAGCCCGAGACUCCCGUGAAGAAGGAGAGCACCGCAGUGGGCAUUCUCAGACGAUUCAGUACGCGCAGGGUCAAGGAUCGCAGUCGUGAUCCCGAGCGCGAGCGUAUCACCAGUCCUCCUGCGCCAUCGCUAAGUGUCCAGCCUCCCGCCGAUUCGGCUUCCCCACUUUCGAGAGGGUUCAGCAUGCGGAGAAGCCGGCGCGCAGACCCCUCACCGUCCGGUAUUCCCAGUGGAGGCAGCCAGCCGCAACACCAAGAUUACCUCAAGGCUCCAGGAUCGGCCGAGCCGGCCUCGCGAUCCAACAAGUUCUUGGAGAGAUCUACGAGUGUCAAUUCGGCAGACUAUCGUUCUCGGAGAGCUGCGCGGAGGAAUGACCCCGAUGCGUCGGAUACUGCUCCCGAUCGCCAACCGCCACAGACUAGUGGCUCUGACUACUCGAGUGGGCAGAAGGUAGAGACCCCUGGCAAAGAAGUGAAACAGCCCGGUCGCACACAUGCCACGCGGACCAUGUCCCUUGGCCACGCUCGUCGCGAAAGCAUUCAAGCCCGCCGAGCGAGGCGAGACGCGGCAAGAGAAGCUAAUGUGCCCGAGGAGACAGAUGCAGACAUUUCUGGUGCAGGAAAUGCUCUGGAGAGCGCAAACGAGGGAGAGGACCUCUCUAAGCCGGUAUAUCUAAAGGGCCUCUUCAGUGUUUCGACAACCAGUAGCAAGCCGCUGCCUGUGAUUCGGGCCGACAUCAUUCGCGUUUUGAAGCAACUUUCCGUUGACUAUGUCGAGAUCAAGGGAGGCUUCAGUUGCCGUCACGCCCCCAGCAUUGAACUUGAUAAAGUAGUGGAUGUCGGCCCUCCGAGCCCUGAUCGAUCUGGCCAAGUGCCUAACCACAGGCGCCGUAUCAGCUUUGGAGGGUUGCUGAACCACGAUGACAGCAAGGAGGACCCCCGCUCGGUGCAUUCGCCUCGAUCUCAACGUCGGACUCGAGCCCCCGACCGGAGCUUUGUCAGUAAUUCUGAGGGAUCGGACGAAUAUGUGGCUCCCCGUGACAGCAAUGCACCCACCGGAGACCGUGUCAUGGGCGAAACCACGACGAGAGUCCAGAGUGACACGGGGGAGAAUCUGGUUCUGCGGUUUGAAAUCCUGAUUGUCAAGGUGCCGUUGUUUUCAUUGCACGGUAUUCAGUUCAAGAAAGUCUCGGGAGGUAUGUGGCAGUACCGAGAGAUGGCGAAGAAGAUUUUGGAUGCUUUGAGACUCUGA